AUGGACUUGUUUUCUCCUCUCCUCGCCAGGCAACUGAGGUUCUACACGCGCUUUCUCGCUCCAUCGACAACAAUCACACCGCCCCCCGCCUCCGCCGUUGGUCUGAACAAACUCCCUGAAGAGAUCCUCAUGGCUAUCAUCCACAAUAUCUUUGAAGGCACUGACAAAACAUCACUAUUCACCUUCUUUGCGCUGCGCCAAGUCUCCCAACGGUUCAGACGACUGACUCAAGAUGAAGCCUUCAUCUCACACCUCUUCUCGGACAAGGAUUGCUGCGAACAGUGUCUCAUAUCAUCAGGGACUUGGGCGCGAAGAGAGAGCGCACCUGCCACGAUAACGAACAUCGAUCUCCCACUCACCAGAGAAAAGCACUGCUUCGGCUACAAAGCCCAGAAGAGAGGUAUUUGCUUGAAAGGCCUAGACGACUUCGUCAGAAAGGGAAAGAUAUGCUCUACCUGUCAGAAGUGGCUGGAUGUUAGAACGACAGACGGCUCGUCCCUGAAAUGCAAGUUCUCGCCCCAACAUUCCGACUGGAAGAAGUGCACAAGCUGCGGAGUUUCUCACCCUGCCUCAUGCUUUUCAGCCGGUGAAGACCGAUGCAUUGCCAGGUCGGGUUACAUCCGGCUUUGUGAGCACAAGACUCUCGACUUGUGUUACGUCCAAAGCUUUAUUGGCGGCCCUCAGUCUUACUCCAACAAGUGUCAAAAGGUCAAGAUCAUGAGUUGCGAAGAUCCGAGUCACUAUAGCUCUUGUAGCACUAAACUUGAUGGGCCAAAGGCCGAGAUGACCAUAUAUCCAACGGGCGGAGGCUUGUUGUCGCUCACAUUUACCGGUAACUCGGAUCCUGAUCUGACAUCAGAUCGAGGGAUCGGCGACAUUCUCUAUGGUAUGAACCACGAAACGGGAACAAUGACUCUUCCAAUGUCGGUCAUCUACGAGGCCAUUCGAUCAGUUCGGGAGAAGGGCGGGAAGCACUUUGCACCGAAACGUAUAUUGGGAGUUCUGCCCGAGCUGAGCGCUCUCAUCCUUGAAGACAUCUUCACUGAUUCAAAGUCAUCCAUCCAAAAGGGGCAAAACCGCCAACUCGCUCAUCUCUACUCCACCACAAUCCGACCCAAGGCAAUUUGA